CGUUUUUGUUGCUCUUCCCGACAUCUUCAGCUGGUUUAUAUUAUGGUCUGAGCGAAUUCUAGUUCCCUUCUCCACGUCAGCCGCGCUGGCCAAACACGCCGCUGUUUGGAAUCAGCAGCUUCUAAGCCACCUGGCGCAGAGCACCUAGAUAACAUUCAUCCUCCAAGAAAUACCAUCUUGACACUGCCGGUUUACCCUCUCAAAUAUAACAUCGUCGUAAGAUGCCAUCCCUUUGUCCCCUUGCAAACCUCACCUUCGAUGACCUGCACCUCGAAACCAAGAAACCCCCGGUGACGACGGUCCCACCCGACGCGAGCAUUGCUCGGUGCUUAGAAUUUAUGAAGCAGCGUGACAGCAUCAUAGUUCCUAUCAAAGGCCGAUCCGGCAUCUCGCCUAUUGCGGCUGUGGUUAGCGUGUCCGACAUUGUCGGGUAUAUACUCAAAACUGGUGGAGUGGACGGCUUAGACAAAGUUGACUUGGAAAAGGAAACCAUUGAGAAUGUAGAGACGUUGGGAUUGGGGGACGAAGAGGAAGAGAGUUACAGGAUAUGGGAGCGAGACUUUAGGGAUACCCUUGAAGCGACCAUGGUCGCAUUUGCUCGUGGAAUUCAUCGUGCACUCAUCACGGACGCUAUGGGUGCGAAGAAUCCCUACCUCUUGACCCAGUCAGAUAUCAUCCGUCAUGUUCAUGCACAUCCCGAAUCCGUUACACCCUCCAUUGAUCUGGACCUUCCCAUCAAAGUGUCCUUGUUGAAGCCUUUGACUGCCCAAAAGCACGUGGUGACCAUGCGUGACAGGGAUACCGCCAUUCAAGGUUUUGCUAUCCUGAGGGAGAAGAAGGUGGCAGCAUUGCCAGUAGUCAAUGAUAACGGACUGAUUGUGGCGAACCUAAGUGCGAGUGAUUUGAGGGGCAUUACAAGAAUCGGAUUGACCGAGUUGGAAAAGCCCGUGUUGGAAUAUUUGAAGAGCAAAUCUUCGACUGGUCAAAUUAAGACACCUGUUGUCUGUACGCCGGAUCACACACUCCGUGAUAUCAUAGGCUUUCUCGUCGGGAAUCACAUUCACAGGGUCUGGGUCGUUGAAACGUUGGAGGACCUGAGACCAAUCGGGGUGGUCUCGCAAAGCGACAUUAUCGCAAGCUUUGUUGGAGUCCAGGCACAGUAGGUCUGCGUACGGGUGAUACUGUUGUCAUAUAUAUGGCCUUUGGUUGUCAAUAUGGUUCGUAUCCUUUGACAAUCCAAUGUAAAAUACCCUCUAUUUUGUCUCUUUCUUUCAUAUGUGUGCAUGCAGUAUCCUAGUAGC